AUGUCAUGUCCGUAUCUACUACGCCUGCCGAAACCCAUUUGCCCUGGCAAUAUCCAUCUGCACCUUCAGGGAAAUACCGCCCGGCUACCGGACGGUCCGUACAAGAUACAAUUAGAUCGGAUUUCGCCUGUGGCGGAGCCACAAAGGCUGCCGUACCAGUCCCAACAGCGUGAGGAGGAGCAGCACCACGAGCCGUCUCUGCGGCAGGUCCAUGGCAAAUCUCCUCCACAGGCUGCUUCUCAAGCACCGCACCAGCACCACCCGCUCCCUUCACAAGUUCUAGCCCAAUCUCCACCAGCCCCCCAGGCUGCUCUCCAUGCUCUCGACCACGCUCUCCUUCUCAAGAUUGCGGACGAACUUAAGCGCCAGCACACCGAGGGCCUUCAAUCGUUGCAGGAUACCAUGUACAAAACACGCGAAAUGCUCGCCAAGGAUAUCGACCUGUCGAUAGGUCGGGUGGUGACUAUUCUAUUGAACGAAAGCGAGCAAAGAGGGAGCGCGAAACGACGUCGUACAUCUGAUGAGCACGACUCCGAACCAACAUCACCACUGUGGCCGUCGAAGCGGCUCAUGCAAGACCCGGGUGCCCAUUAUGGUGAGGAACAGCGUUCCCAGUCUCCUGUACAGUCUUCAUGUAUCGUUGUGAGGAGUGAAUGGUUAGAGCGGCGUACCGGCGUUGCGGCGGCAGAGAGGCUGAUGGUAAGUUUCGGAUCCGGAUUAACUACUCACCACGGUCACUUCCCAAUUGAGAGGUUAAAUAGCUACAAAGAAUGACUAAUAACGUGCUGCCUCAUAACCGAUGUUCUCCCGGCCCAGGUCUAACAAAAUAGAGCAGGGUGCAGGUGUGAAUGGAGCACAGCAGGGUGUGAAAGGAGCUUCACCCAGAAUUGAACACAUGGGACUAUCACAACAAGUUCCGAUCU